ACACGAGGAGGGAACGUACAUAGCAGUAGUUAAAUGUGCGUGUUGUUUGAUAAAUAAUACUGUAGUAUUUUAACCAUUUUCGUUUUAAUUAAUCGUUAUAUCUGAAUAUCGACUCUCCUGGUGGUUUUCAGUCCCGCUGACCUUACUACGAAACGGUAAUAUUACGGGGGGUUCGUUGAAAACUCUGUUGACAGGUGUCACUCAUGCGUCGAUCAUGAUGAUUGAUUACGGCGAGCGGAAUGUUGUUCCUCUUGCUGAUAUCAUCUUCUAUCAAGGCGAAGAGACAGAGAUGACUAUACACUGCUUGUGCUCCAGAGCCUACGUCAACGAUCGAGAAUUGUAUCGGUCAGAUUUUAAAGCCAUAUCAAGUCAAGCUGAAAAUGAAGUGCAAGGAGGUGUUGAAACUAAUGAUGGAGAAGAGCUUUUAAAAGAUACUAACUGUUCCGUGGAUGAAGAUGAGGAUGAGGAAGAGGAAGAAGAAGAUGCUGUUGUUGAUGAAGAGACCUUGCUCAUGGCCAGUUUGGGGCUUCCUGUGCAGUUUGCCAGCUCUUCAAAACAGAGGAGAGCUGGGCAAGUUUUAGCAAGACCGAAGAACAAAAGAACCGUCAAGUGUUUGAAAACCUCUUCAGAUUAUGCAGACUCAAAUGAAAACUCUGAGGACAUCGCCGAGCCUCCCUGUGAACAGAUUUGUCCCACGUCAGAUGAGGCCUGGUUGACGUACUGGCAACAGCAUGGAGAGGGUCUACUAUGGCAAAGCUGGGUGGAGAAACAUCCUGAAAACUCCAACAGUACAGCACAAGACUUUUCCCACUCGCAGACAGACUGGGACGAGCACUUCCAACAGAUAUACAAGUACUACUGGGAACAGUUUCAGUACUGGGCUGCACAGGGCUGGACAUUAGACGAGUCCUACAGCACAACUGCUGCUUCUGAGGAAAGUCAAAACUGCCAGGGAGAAACGGAGGCACUCGAGAGUCAGACAGAAGAUAGGUCGAAGGCAGAUGCAAGCGGUGUUACUCAUCUCAUAAACAGCUUGAGCUUAUUGACCGAGGAAGUUGACAUGGACGAUGGCCGGCAGCCUUUGGUCUGCGCCGAUGAGCCCUGCGAUGGUGGAAACCACAAAAGGCCCUCGUCACGUGCAGCCUGCACUGAUGCUUCUGAUGGCAACAUGAAACAGACCUCUGGCUCUGCGCCGAUGAAUAAUGGGAGUGGACGACCUAUAAAGAGCAGAUCUAAUGAUGAGGAUCAGAGCGAUGAUGAUGAACCUCCAGGGAACCGACAAGCUAAAGUGAAGAGAGCUCAUGAGCUGGAUGCAGAGGAGAUUGCGGAGGUACCGGUUGAGGAGGCGUGGGAUUCUCUUGGCCUGAGACGAGGUCCACAACCAAAGUUUGAGAGUGUGGUGAAGCUGAAAGCAGGCCAGGGUUCAUACACGGGCAGACGGCGUGAGGACAGAAAGCCCCCUGAGCAUAGAAGAAAAGCAGCCUGCAAGAUCAACAAGCACAUCUUCUUUACUGAUGAUGGGCCGCAAACCACAAAGCCAAAGACCAGCAAAGCUCUUCAAAAAGUCCAGAGUUUCCUCCAGCAGGUCCAGACUGAUGCAGACUCUGAGGACGUGGCCACAGUCUCCAUGCCUGAAGCUCUUAUUGGGGUACUUGACAGUGCAGAAAGGGCCAGUCUACCUACACCAAAAGAAAAUGAGGAAAAAGCCAGUAAUGAGACCGAUGAAGAAGACUGCGAAAAGACUCCACAACCAAGCAAAAUUUGUGAGGAACAUCAGCAUGCCUUCAUACCAGAGCUAGAAGAAAGACAGGAUGAUGAAACUGAUCCCAGAGGAGAACUGCAGCCGCUGGACGUUCCUGAUUUCUUGCUCCCUGAUGCUCCUGAAGACACUGAGAAAGACAGUGUGCAGGCCUUUAAAAAGAACAAGAGGAAGAAGAGGAAGAGGAGGAAGGAUGUGGAGAUGCCACCUGAGAUUGCAGCAGAACCUGAGCUGGCCAAAUACUGGGCUCAGCGAUACCGUCUGUUUUCCAGGUUCGAUGAGGGCAUCAAACUUGACUAUGAGGGCUGGUUUUCAGUGACUCCUGAGAAGAUUGCGGAGCACAUCGCUCUGAGGGUGCAGGACUGCUUCAACACAGAGCUCAUUAUCGAUGCCUUCUGUGGUGUGGGUGGAAAUGCCAUUCAGUUUGCCCUCACUGGUAAAAGAGUGAUUGGCAUUGAUAUUGACCCGGUGCGUCUGGCUCUGGCGCAGCACAACGCUGCAGUCUAUGGCGUGGAGCAGCGCAUCGACUUCCUGCAGGGAGAUUUCCUUCAAUUGGCUCCCCAUCUGCGAGGAGACAUGGUUUUCCUCAGUCCACCAUGGGGAGGACCAGAGUAUCUGACCGCUGACGUUUUCAACAUCCAGACCAUGAUGACUCCUGAUGGAUUUGAAAUUUUCAGGUUGUCAAAAAUGAUAUCGGACAAUAUUGUAUAUUUUCUACCUCGAAACGCAGACAUGGAACAGAUCGCAUCUCUCGCCGGACCAGGUGGAAAGGUAGAAGUCGAGCAGAACUUUCUGAACAACAAGCUGAAGACAAUCACGGCGUACUUCGGGAAUUUAAUCAAGUCAAAAUCAUAAUGUUUUAUUACUUCUUUUAUGGUCGUUAUUAUGUAUGUCAUCUGUACUUGGUUAUUUUACUCAUUUUGUGAAGACAUUGAUGAUGAAUUUUAUAGACUGUAUUCUUGAUGCUCCUAGUUUGUUUUAUUUUAAUGUAUCUAUAUUUUUCCAGCAUUGAUAUGCAACCUAUUAAAGUUUAU